AUGCGGGGCACCACUGUAUACUUCCUCAGUCAGAAAGCGGAGUGCCUGAGCCAGGCCUUCCGGGACAAGGGCUUUUGUGCCAUCUUUGCUGAGUAUGCUGCCGAGGUGGUGGCCCUGGAGCGCCAGUGGGGCAUCGAGGUCCGCUUCCUCCUCCCGGCUCCUGGCUGGGCCGGCCUGGAUGGACCCUCUGUGGCAGUCACAAGCCUGGACCCCUUGCCUUUCCUGCAACCGGCAGCAGCUCAACUCCUCAUGGCCGGGGGCCAGGCAGUGUGGCAGGGACCAGCAGCUGCUGCCGGGGGCACGCGGGCUGACCCACCAGCUAAUAAAUUUCCUCCCCCUCUAACAAUUAGGCUUCAUCUUUUAGCCUGCCUUUCCUAUGUUCUUUCUGCAGGCAGCGACAUGGUGGUGGCGGAGAAAAGUGGCAUUAGUAUUGUGACAUCUCCCUAUCAGAUUCACUUCACCAAAAGCCCCAAGUACUUCAAGCCAACGAUGCCCUAUGAACUGACGGUGUAUGUCACCAAUCCUGAUGGCUCCCCAGCCGCCCGUGUCCCCGUGGUGUCAGAGCCCCUUGCAGCAAAUGCAAUAACACAGAAUGAUGGGACUGCCAAGUUGAUCCUGAACACACCAGGAAAUGCACAAGAGCUAAGGAUCACUGUAAAAACCAGCCACGAGGGACUCCCAAGGGAACGCCAGGCAACCAAGAGCAUGGUGGCUAGAGCUUACCAAACCCAGGGAGGAUCUGGAAACUACCUGCAUUUAGCAGUCUCAGCUACUGAGCUCAAGGCUGGGGACAACUUACCUAUCAAUUUCAAUUUGAGAAGCAACAACCAACAAGUGGUGAAUGGAGUCACAUAUUUCACCUACGUGAUCUUAACUAAAGGGAAGAUACUGAGGGCUGGGAGGCAGCCGAGGCUGGCUGGACAGAAUCUGGUCAUCAUGUUUUUGCGCAUCACCCCAAAUCUCAU